CGGACAUCGCGGUUUGUACACCUCGACCUUUCGAGUUGGUGCCGAGCAGGCUGGGCAGUGGAUUGGUCUUGCCAUCUCCUCCGCCCACUAGAUUACCCUCAGGAUCCCCAGCUUGGAGCUCGAGAAUGCCAUACCUAGACCAUGGGAACGCCUGGGCGCCUGUCUUGCUUGGGGGAGGCAAGGACCUCAUGCGUCAAGUCAGCCUUGUCCAUUGGGAUGGUGGAUUGCAUUCAUGUUUGGUUCCCACCGCCAGAUUGAUGUCCCGAAUCCUCACAUUUGGAGGCGCCAGCGAGAUCCUGGAGGACACAACAGGGACGAACCGAGCUGCUGGACCGCGAGGACCGAGAGGGAGGUCUUGGUCCGGGGUUUGUUUCUCAGUAUGUACCGGUAUUUCGAUGGUUACCUAUCGUUAUCCGAUCCUUUAUGAUGGUUAUUAGUUGUGGCCUGCUGAUAUUUGAUUCCGUGGCUGGUGGAAAUGUUAAGCUUCUCGAAUCCCUCCCACGAGUUCAUCCGUCCCAUGAUCAUCUUUCUCUCCACCGUGCUUGUAAAUAUUCCUUAUUGCCGUUUCAUAGGUACAUUCUCGGGUCCCGUCGAUACGCAUACGAGGCGGCUGUGGCGGAGUGUACCUUGGUAGUUUCACGAUCUUCCAUCGAUUCCCGAAAGACACGGUACGAUAGAGAGCAUGGGCGGCUAUUCCGAGGAGUAUGUAGGGUAUUUUUUUUUGGUUGGUUAGAGAACCCGGGUCUCCGGGGGGGAUAAAACGCCACACACUGGGAAUGCGGCUGGUGUAUGCAGGGGCUGGUGUUUUACCGGCUGCGCCACAUCUGCGGCCACUGUUGGUGUUCUAUCGAGGACGAGGCGUAGCCGUGGUGCAAGUGGAAGUAAUUGGUUGGCGAAUUCGCGGGCUCAGUCGGAGGGGGAGUGUGUGGAGAUGGUAUGUAGCUACAUCGUGAACCGUGAUUACAUCGCAGUGCUGGGUAAUAAGGCUGUGUACAUACCCAGCUGGAGGAUCAACGCUGCCCCAUUCAGCAUGCACACCGGCGGCUCGAUGUCGAACCCCCGUGGCAAACUUGGACACGUGCUUUCC